AGAAAAGUUUCAGCUAUGUUUAUUUUUGGUCUACAGCAACAGAAGAACCUGGAGGGCUAUGUGGGUUUUGCAAAUCUACCCAACCAAGUUUACAGAAAAUCUGUGAAGAGAGGUUUCGAGUUCACGCUUAUGGUUGUGGGGGAAUCUGGGCUGGGGAAGUCGACGCUGAUCAACUCACUCUUUCUGACAGACCUGUAUUCCCCUGAAUAUCCGGGUCCUUCUCAUAGAAUCAAAAAAACAGUACAGGUGGAACAGUCAAAGGUCCUGGUAAAGGAAGGAGGAGUGCAUCUUCUGCUCACCAUUGUUGACACCCCUGGCUUUGGUGAUGCUGUUGACAACAGUAACUGCUGGCAGCCAGUCAUCGAUUACAUCGACAGUAAGUUUGAGGAUUACCUCAACGCAGAGUCACGGGUCAACAGACGGCAGAUGCCGGACAGCAGAGUGCAGUGCUGCCUGUAUUUCAUUGCUCCAUCAGGACAUGGACUGAAGCCCCUUGAUAUUGAAUUCAUGAAACGGUUACAUGAAAAAGUAAAUAUCAUCCCUCUUAUCGCAAAAGCUGACACGAUGACUCCUGAGGAGUGCCAGCAGUUCAAGAAACAGAUCAUGAAAGAAAUCCAGGAGCAUAAAAUCAAAAUUUACGAGUUCCCAGAGACAGAGGAUGAGGAGGAGAUGAAGAUGGUCAGGAAAAUCAAGGAUCGUUUACCCUUGGCUGUAGUCGGUAGUAACACCAUUAUCGAGGUCAACGGAAAGCGAGUUCGUGGGAGGCAGUACCCCUGGGGUGUGGCUGAAGUGGAAAAUGGAGAGCACUGUGAUUUUACAAUCCUCCGGAACAUGCUCAUCAGGACCCACAUGCAGGACCUAAAGGAUGUGACUAACAAUGUUCACUAUGAAAACUACCGCAGCAGGAAACUGGCUGCCGUCACCUACAACGGUGUGGACAACAAUAAGAACAAGGGACAGCUAACCAAACCUGACACGGCUGAAGGCAUGAGUCCUCUAGCCCAGAUGGAGGAGGAGCGACGGGAGCAUGUGACCAAGAUGAAGAAGAUGGAACAGGAAAUGGAACAAGUGUUUGAGAUGAAGGUCAAAGAGAAGCUCCAAAAGCUCAGAGACUCUGAGGUUGAGCUCCAGAGGCGUCACGAGCAAAUGAAGAAGAAUCUGGAGGCCCAGCACAAAGAGCUGGAGGAGAAGCGUCGCCAACAUGAAGAGGAGAAGGCCAGCUGGGAGGCCCAGCAGAGGAUUCUGGAACAGCAGAAACUAGACGCAUCCAGGACCUUGGAAAAGAACAAAAAGAAGAAGAUAUUUUAAGAGCUCUGGAGGAUCUUCCCGAUGUUGCAGUUGUAUUAUUAUUAUCUGCCAAUCUGCCAGCUUCGAUUGUCAGUACAUCUGUCGAUCAACUACAUCUGCAGUUCGACCAUAUUACUGUGUAAUAAUCAAGUGAAAGCCAGGGGGCAGCACUGUCUGGACUCUGAAUUUGACCUGCUUAAAGAACUGUUUUUAUCUCUCUAUUGAUUCAGUGUACUUUUGGGUCACUGCUCACAUAAGCAGAAUUUUCACACAGAAAGCUGGUAUUCUUCCUUCCUUUCUGGAUAAAAACAAGGACACAGUUCAGAGUCCAGUUGUUCUUUCCUCUCUUCUUCUUCUACAUUGGGAAUGUUGGAUGCUGCACUGUUCUGCAUCCUUUUAAUGCCAAAACAACCAAACAAAGAGGUCAGCCUUUCCCUCCUGCAUAUUUGCAGCCAGCGUCAGGCUGAAGCUCACCUCAGGCACUGUUUUUUUUAUAUAUAUAUAUAUAUAGAGAGAGAGAGAGAGAGAUUAAUAUCUCUCGGUUGGCUUAUUUAGGUAUCACAUUUAAUUUCCUCCCAAGACAUUACGCUCCUCCGAUUCCUCAAAUGUAAAUCAUAUAACCAUAAACUACAGUGUUUAAUUUCAGUUGUGUGUGACAUUUUCUUACUUUCUCUUUUGUAUUGGUCCUGGUAUAGGAAUUGUGUUCCAUUUUUUUUGUUUGAGUAUUAAAGCCGAUGUUUUCCAGCCCACCAAACAUGUAUUCCUGACUUCACUCAUGCUGAGUGUAACAAAUUAAAGAAACUGCUCAUGA